GAUGCGACAACCCUAAAUUAUCGGCAAGGCAAACAAUGAAUGCACGACGUACGACGACGGUUCGUUGUAGAACGAAAACGCAAAAUUGUUAUUAAAAAUUGAGCAAGCGUUUAGAUACGCGAAAUCGCCCGGCCACCAAUACAAAUGCAAGUGCAAGUGAGCGACAAACAACAGCAACAAAUUGCUCGUGAGUUUUAGAUAGCUUCCUGAGCAGCGUCACGUAGACGGCAAGCUACUUGCAAAUCGAUAUUCACACUAACUCAUAUACACAACACACACGCACACAUAUACACAAACCAACACGAACACCCACCAGUACAAACAGUAUGGAAAACACAUUAGAAGGCGGCGGCGCUGAUGGCGAAAAUAAUAUUAUGCCGCUACCCGCCAUGUGCCAGGACACCGCCCGCGCCACAACAAAUGUCGUAGCAGUAGCCGAGACAGCGACAUUGAUAAGCAGCGCAACAGCAGCAGUUGCUGCGGCGUCAUCGACAAUAGCAAACAACUACAACAAGUCGCAAUUGGAGAACGAGGAAGGGGCCACAAUGGUGAGCGCCGAGCACCACCACAUGAACAACAACAAUAAUAACAACAACAACAACGAGAGCAGUGCUAAAACUAAACAACAAAAAGAGCAGCUGUCAGGCGAUGGCAAUGCAAAUACCACAACAACAACAGCAACAAAAACUACAACAGAAACAACAGCAGCAGCAGUAGCAACAACAAAUGAAAUAACAACGAACUGUGUCAAAGUUACGGCAGCAGCGACGCCGGCAGCGACAGCCGCCGAAUCGGACAGCAAUAAAACGGCUGAGCGCAAUCACAAGAAGAAGAAAAAAGAUAAGGAACGUGAGCGAGAUGAAGAUAAGCGACACACAACCAGCAGCAACGGCAGUGGCAGCACCUCCAAGGAUCGUGAAAGCCAAAGCCUAAAGAGCAGCAGUGGUAUCAGCAGCAGCAGCAGCAGCAGCAACAGCAAUAGCAAAUCCUAUUCAAAUCGACACAACAGCGACUACAAGUCAAGUUCCAGUUCCUCCUCCUCCACCGCCUCGCGCAGCAAAGACAAGAAGCAACAUAGAAGCGAUCGGGACAGAGAGCGGGAUCGCGAGAGGGAGAAGAUACCAUCGUCAUCGUCCAGUUGCUCAUCGACCUCGCACUCGGAUCGUCGCCGUAGCUCGGACAGCAGUCGCAGCAGCAGCAACAACAGUUCCAGCAAGUUUGUGGUCAUUAAAGAGGAAAAGAAGGAUAAGGAGAAAGAGCGAGAAGCGGAACAGGAGAAGAAAUCUGUUGUGGUACCCAGUAUAAUAGAGACACAAAUCAAAAUAGAGGAGCCGCAGAAAGAGUCUGCCGCUUUGACGGUACUUAACCACUGUAAGGCUAUCAAAAUUGAAAACGAAAUCAAAAAGGAAUCAGUGGAAACGAAGCCAUUGCUAAAUGGCGAUGUGAUCAAACAGUUGAAGACACGCGACGAGGUCACGCGACAGUUGAGCUUCAGCUCCGAUGGUAGCAAGCCCAAGGAGAACAAUUGCAACAGCAGCUACAGUAAUUCAGCGUCAUCACUAUUAAUGCCAUCGCCGGCUCCAAAAACUACCAACAGCAGCAACAGUGGCAGCAGUAGCAGCGCCAAUCAUCAUUCCUCCUCGAAUUGUAGCGCGCGUAAAUCAUCCUCCUCGUCGUCCAGUAAUUCGACGAGCAGUCAUCACAAGACUUCAUCUUCCUCGUCCUCCUCCUCGUCAUCAUCACGGCAUUCGUCAUCGUUCUCGUCGCGGGACUGCUCCAAAUGCUACAAACGCUCCAAGAUUCGUCGCAGUAGCGUCGGCGUUCAAUGCAUUCAGCACCCGCCUGCUGCUGGCCCCUGGCAAACGAAUUGCCUGCCCACGCCGACGGGCAACCGCAAAGCGCCCGCCGGUCUUGAAAAUCUCAAAUACGGUCAUUACUUUCAAGUGGAACAGUAUCCGAAUGGCGGUGCAUCGGUGGUGCAUCUCUACCAGCACGAAAUCGAUGCACUGUCGCCGGAUGAAAUGGAACAGCUGGUGGAUGAGUUCUUCAGCGUAUGCUUUGCCGAGGACGAGCAGGGCUACGCGUACCAUGUGAUGGGCAUUGUACACGAUGCCGCUCGCUAUAUACCCGAUCUACUGGAGCAUAUGGCCGAGAAUUAUUCAACGUUAACGGUAAAGGCGGGCGUGCUUGGCCGCAACUCGGACAUUGAGACAUGUACCAUGGCCCAGUACAAUGAACAGGUAGUGCGCAACUAUUGCCAGGGCACGUUUCGCUAUGGACCACUGCAUCAGAUCUCAUUAGUGGGCAAGGUGCACGAGGAGGUGGGCGGCUACUUCCCGGAUCUGCUGGGACGCAUCGAACAGAAUCCAUUUUUGCGCAAGACAAUGCCCUGGGGUGUGAAUUCUAUACUCCAAACGGAUCCGCGUCAAUCAAACGAUGGACCCAUUUUAUGGAUUCGUGCGGGCGAGCAACUUGUGCCCACGGCGGAGCUGAAUAGUAAGACCCCCCUCAAGCGACAGCGCACGCGAAUUAAUGAGCUGCGCAAUUUGCAGUAUCUGCCGCGUUUAUCUGAGGCACGCGAGACCAUGAUUGAGGAUCGAACUAAGGCGCACGCGGAUCAUGUCGGCCACGGACACGAGCGCAUCACUACCGCCGCAGUUGGCAUUCUCAAGGCUGUGCACUGUGGACAAUCUUAUAGCCAGAAUCGCAUCACCAAAGAUGUGGUUGCCUUUGCCGCUCAGGACUUUAAUACGCUGGUGGAGAUGCUACAGCUGGAUCUCCACGAGCCACCCAUAUCGCAGUGCGUGCAAUGGAUCGAGGAUGCCAAACUGAAUCAGCUACGUCGAGAUGGCAUUCGCUAUGCGCGCAUCCAGCUCUGUGACAAUGAUAUCUACUUUCUGCCACGCAACAUUAUACACCAGUUCCGCACCGUGACGGCUGUGACAAGCAUAGCUUGGCAUCUGCGUUUGCGACAGUAUUAUCCCGGCCAGGAGGUAAUCAAUGAGAAGAACAAUCCAGUGCUGGCCGAGACGCCGCAUUAUAAGGAGAAACAAACCAUAUUGCCCCAUCCCGUUGGCCACGAUGAGCCUGGCAAGAAGACGCCCUCGAAGCGUACUCACGACGGCAAAGCCAAGCGUAAGGUUAUUGACAUGGAUGGCAGAGAUCGCCGUUCCAGCGAAAGCAGCCAAGAUGAUCAUGUUUCGUCGGCGAGUGCCUCGCCCACGCGUCAGACUAACAACAGUAACAAUAAUAGCAGCAGCAGCACCAACAACAACAACAACAACAGCACACCCAAAAAGAGGGCGAACAAGGAUGACUCCAAGAUAGAUAUGCGCAAAAUGGUGCUGGAGCACACAUAUAAGCAGACCAAAGCGGCGGCCACGUCACUCGAUAAGGAUCGUAAGCCUUGCAGCAAGGAUCGGGAGAAGUCUAAUCGUGAUAAAGACAAAGACAAAGACAAGGAUAAAGAUAAAGAUAAAGAGAAAGCUAUGGAUAAGGAUAAGGACAAGGACAAGAACAAGGACAAGGACAAGGAUAAGGAUAAGGCGCGUAACAAAAAGGUGGAGCAUAAACCAGAGCUGGCAUCGCCUUCAGCUACGCCAGCUAAAGUGCCGCGUCUAGAAAACGAGACAGCCGUAUCAAUAUUGGCAAGUGGCACGUCCGUUACUGCUCCCAGUGCAGCUCCCCCAGUUCCUCCAGUUCAUGCUCCCCCAGCCCUAACGCCAGCCUUGCUGCCGCCGCUGCCUCCUGUGCCUCCGACGCCGUUCACGCACCGUGAAGCUUAUGUAAAUAGUUUAAAUCAAAAGGAGCCCGAAAUCAAAAUACAGCUCAAAAUGGUAUCCGAUAAGCCCACUACAACGACAACGGCAAGCGUCAGCAAACCUGAAAUCCCCAACUGCAUAGCGCCAGCCUCGCCGGCGCCCAACCCGGUCGAAGAUGUGGGCAGUGAGCUCAUUGUGGAGAGCACGCCUCAACUGGUGGUGGAUCACGAGGAGGAGGUAACUGAAAUGUGUGAGGAAGUAAUUCCAUUGGAAACAGCUCCAACAGUGACAACAGCUCCUGCACCUACACCGACACCCACGGCCGCACCUCUGCCGCCGUCCACAUUACCAGUUGUGCGUCUAACGCCGCCACCAGUGCCCACGGCCCCAAUCGGAGCAGCGUCAUCACAAGUUGUUAAGGUGAUGCUGCCCGCUGCAUCGCUGACGCCGCUAGUGGGUCGCCUAUCGGCGGUGGUUUUAACACCACCUCUCCCUCCUACGCCAUUGCCACCACCUCCGCCGCCGCCACCACCACCAGCCAAAGGCCAAAUCAGUCAGAAGGCAACAACUGCGACCAGCAACAACAGCAACAGCAGCAAUAGCACCACCUCCAGCACCACCCCCAGUAGCACCACCACCACCUACAAAACGUUCACCUUGCCCUCGCACAAGAUUAUAUUGGCCGGUAGCAGAGGUUCAGCCAAGACCAAAAGCGUGUCGCCAGUUGAUCUGCUUGGCUCCAUAAUGGCCAGCAUGGACAAUAAGCCCAGUAUCACGAACUCCACAAGCUCAAGCAGCGGCUCCACAUCAGCAGCAGUAGCGACUGCAUCCACGGCAGGCGCCUCAGCUGCCGCCAGUAGCACGGCAGGCACAGCGAAGCCUUCACUAUCUUCCUAUGCCAACUCCAAUAACAGCUACUGAAAGUGCGUUGCCUGUUGCCCAGAGGCUUCUCCAGGCGAUGUGUUCCCCAGCAUCGCCAAUCUAAUUAUUGCAGCUAUAUAACGAAGAAGACAAAAUUGUUGGAAAUUGUUUUUUUUUUUUUUAAUUGUUUGGAUAAGGCCACGUUUUUGGCGUCUAACGCAAGCGCGAGCUUUAAAAGUUGGCCCGAAUAUCGUUUUUUGUAUAUAGCAAAACUGGGGCUAAGGUUCGUUCGUAUAAGCCGAACAUCAACUUGCCUGCACAUAUUAUUAUAUUUGGUAACUGUAGUUAAUUAAGCUCAUAAAAAUGCUAAAAAUACUUUUUAGAUACGUAGAUUUUUAAUUUAUUUUCGCAGGCACUAUAAGGUACACACACAUUGGCAACAGUUAGAGAACUUGAUAUAUAUAAUAGAAUAAGCAGAUCCACAUAUAUAUCUAUAUAUACAUAUAUUUAUAUACAUAUAUAGAUUUGUAUAUUAGCAUAGAUUGCGCGCACAUUGGCCGUGUAUUUUUACAAGUCAAUCUAAAGUGCAAAAAGCGCCCAGUUGUUUUAAAUUUUGUGUUUUUCCUAACGACAUUUUUGAAACGUGUUUUGCAAGCACAUUCACACACACACACACAUAUAUAUAUCGAUAAUUAUGAUAUAUAUAUAUAUAUAUAUAUAUAUAUAUAUAUAUACCACACAUAUAAAUGUAGUUUUUAAAACCAAUGCACGUUGAAGAAACAAUAAAGAUUCGGAUCGUACAAAAAAUCAA